AACAACCAAACCCCAAACCCCGAAUUUUUUUCUCUUCCUUAUAUACCCCUCCCAAAUAGCCCUCAGAACGAACUAACCAAACCAGCCAAAAUAGUAUAGCCAAGGGGGGUUAAAGUCAGCGAGAGAUGGCGUUAUGUGACGCUGUGGUGGGGAACUUGGCGACGAUCUACGUGGCGGUGAUAGCUGGGAUCAAGGCUUGUGGAUUGGUCGGUGGGCGAAGCUUUGGCGCUGGGUUUGUGCUGAUUGUGUCCACCGCUGUGGUGGGCCUCAUCUUGAUCGGCACGUUGACGUGGGACUUGUCUCGCAAGGCCACGUAUGCGGUUUCCAAAGAACACGCCCACGAGAUGUGCAAAGGCGGUAUUUGCUGGCACGGCGUUGCGGUCAAGUCUCCGGCUUCUCAGGUCCGGUUUAGGCUUCCACAGCAAAUUCCUUAUGGCACUUUGUAAAUAAAAUAAAAAACACUGUAAGAUACACACGCUUUCUUUUUGGUUGGUGGGUUUUGUAGCUGAGAGGCACGAGGUGUUUGUGUUUUUGACUGAGAGAAAAAUAUCAAGAUACCGUGUAAUAUCGAAUGAAAAAAAAAAAAUCAGGUUUGUAUAUAUAAUAAAGGCCCUUUUGAUUUGC